AUGGGACUUCUGCCCACGGGCCUACUUCGGCCACGGGACGCCCGCCAGCGGCUGCCCAUAUACGAGCAGCCGAGUCCGACGACACUAACUAAGGAGCGGUACUCAGACUCGGAAGCCUCGUCCGACGACGACGACGAUGACGAUGACGACGACGAGGUUGAGGAGGGCGACAGCAUCUACGCGGCCUCCGUGGCAUCAGCUCGUGCGACCAGCGGUCCGAGCUCUCGCCAAUCCUCGGGAUCUGCAACGGCAAGCUCGCUGAUGUUGCCUAAACGGCCUGCUACAGCCUCCAGCAAACUUUCUCGUCUGCCACGGCACCGGCGGCGGUUGGGUGGUAUCGGGGCUCGGCUGUAUCGCCUACCAAACAAGGUGACCCGUUAUCUCUGUGCGGCCAUGAUCUUCACCAUUCUUCUCUUCAUCUUCAGUCUCGUCCGCGCCAGCCAGCUGGAGAACCGUCGGAUCUCCAGCGGCCAGUUCGACCGUCCGGCUGCUCCGCCUCCCGCCUGGGAGUCAUUUGACUUUUUGACCCGCUACUACGGCGGCGUGCGCAACCUGGUCGCCUUAAAGGAUAAUGUGCCGCAGUACCCGCGCGCUGAAGAUGAGCAGCCCUACAACGUCACCGCCACUCCUGGCGAUGCGACGGCCGAAGACGUGCCUACACCGCCCAGGGUUCACCUGCACGCUGCUUCUGGCUUUGCUGUCAACAACAACAAGGGUCCGCUGCCACCAAGCUUCCCGUUCGACCAGCACAAGAGCUCUGUCCUGGCCGACGGGGCCGCAGCGGCCGGCGGUGGUGAUGCUCCUCCGGUGGCUUGCUUCAUCGAUAGCCAGAAAACCGUCCGCGUCCCGUCUCUGCGCUACUUUGAAGGCCGUCCCAACGGCUUCCCCCGCAACAUCCUCGGCUCGUACGAACUGUUGUCGCUACCCGAAGAUAUCUGCUUCGAGCGCUACGGACGAUUUGGACCCUACGGCUACGGCUACUCUGUCCGCUCGGGCGGUCUCGGCACCGGCGAGUACGGCGAGAAGGCUGGUUCCGACGCCAUCUGGGAGUCGACCAAGCGCAUUGACUACUCCACUGUCGACUGGGCUGAUGUCCAGAGGCGUUGUUACAAUGCCAAUGCCCACCGGUUUCGGUCCACAUCCGCGCGAGCUCCACCACCCAACGGUUUCUAUAUCGGUGACGACGCUGCAGGUGUCCACAUUGUUGCGCGUGACGAAGCCAGAGGGAACAGUGCUGCUCCUGCUGCUCCUGCUGCUCCUACUGUUCCUGCUGUUCCUGCUGUUCCUGCUGUUCCUGCUCCUGCGGCUCCUGUCAGUCCGGCCGUCCCGGCUGCCCCGGCUCCUGCUUCUGCCGAUAAGGGCCCCGCGGCAGUACACCCUCCCAGCAAUGCACCGCGUACUGCUGUUGUCGUUCGGUGUUGGGAUGAAUUCGUGUGGCGCGAGGAUGACAUCAUGAACCUGCGGGCACUGAUUUCGGAACUCUCGCUGGCAUCAGGCUCGCGCUAUGACGUCCAUCUUCUGGUCCAGGUUAAGGACGACGCCAAGAACCCCAUCUGGGCUGACGACGAGAUUUACCAGCAGCGGAUCGUGGACACCGUGCCGGCCGAAUUCCGCGGGAUUGUCACGCUGUGGACCGAGACGCAAAUGCUGGCACUGUACCAGGGUAUCCACGACCACUUCACCCGGGGCCCGGAUCUGCCCGUACACGGUGUGUACCGCGGCCUGCAGAUGGCGAUGCAGCACUUUGCGCAGCUCCACCCCGAGUACGAGUAUUUCUGGCAGUGGGAGAUGGAUAUCCGGUACACAGGCCACAACUUGGAUCUUUUCACCAAGAUGGAGAAGUGGGCUGCCAAGCAGCCGCGCAAGGGCCUGUGGGAGCGAAACGCCCGUUUCUACAUGCCGGAUGUGCAUGGCAGCUGGGACGACUUCCGCCAGAUGGCGCGCGUGCAGACCGAGGUCGCUGCGGCCGGCGCGGGCAAGGCGUGGAACCCUGCUCUGGGCAAGGACAAGGACGCAAAGGACAGCGACAAGACGGUAUGGGGUCCCGUGCGGCCAGCCGACCCGAACGACUGGUUUGAGGCGGCCGCCGACCCGGUGCCGCCGACAACAUACGAGAAGGACCGCUACGUAUGGGGCGUGGAUGAGGAGGCGGAUCUGAUCACGCUGAACCCGCUCUUCGACCCGGCAGGCACAACCUGGCUACUGGCCGACGAUAUUACAGGCUACAACGAGACAACUCAAGGCGGUAAACCGCCGCGCCGCGCUCAGAUCAUCACGGCUUCUCGCAUGUCGCGUCGGCUCCUGCGCACAAUGCACCGCGAGACCGCCUUUAUGAAGCACCACGCCUUUUCGGAGAUGUGGCCGGCAACGGCGGCACUGCAGCACGGCUACAAGGCCGUGUAUGUGCCGCACCCCGUGUAUGUGGAUCGCGAAUGGCCUACGGAGUACAUGGCUCAUACCUUCAACGGCGGCCUGAACGGCGCCUCUGGCGGCUCGCGCACUUCGGUCUUCGGCCAGCGCGAGCACAACUUCCUUGGCCUGACCUGGUAUUACAACGCUGGCUUCUCGCGCAACCUGUAUCGCCGCUGGCUCGGCCUCAAGGUCAACAACGAUGGCGGGCAGGCGUUUGAAGAGGAGACCGACGCCAACCUGAACGACACGACGGUGGAUACGAUGCGCGGCGGCGAGGGCCGCAUGUGCUUGCCGCCCAUGCUACUGCACCCCAUCAAGGAGGUGGAACUGCCGGUUGAGAGCAAUGUGGGCGACGAGUACAACAAGAAGCCGUCCACGGAGACGGACCCAUCGUCGUGA